CUGUGCACCAAGACGGAAGCGAGCAAAACGCGGUACCAUUUCAAGGGGAGCAGGUUCUUCCGGGGUCACUGUUGUAUUUUUGUAUCGAGCGGGUAAUUUUCGUACCUGCAUUGGUAAAAUUAGAAUAGGAUUUUAGAGUACGGGCACACUGUUGACAUUGUAAAUCAUGAAGGCCAUUAAAUUGCUUGUUGUGGUGUUAGUGCUUUCUGCAUCUUUGCUUUGUGUCGAUUCGGCAAGGAGCCGGAAAGAUUCUAGCAACCAGAAUAGUUUCAGAAGGGCUGCGAACGGUUUCUAUCAGAUGCUGAGCAAUAUUUUUGGAGAGGACAACAUCAGAAGUUUAUAUAAGUUCUUCUCUAAGACCACAGAGCGUUUUGUGCAUGGCGUGGACUCCUUCCUGGACACUGUAUGGAAGAUUUGGACAGAUCUGCUGGAUGUUUUGGGGAUUGACUCCUCCAGUCUGAGUCAUUAUUUCAGCCCGGCGUCGGUGUCGAGCUCCCCCGCCCGGGCGCUGCUGCUGGUGGGCGCGGUGCUGCUCUCCUAUUGGUUCCUGUCGGUGCUGCUGGGCGGGGUCUUCUACCUGCUCCAGGUGGUGUUUGGGCGGUUCUUCUGGCUGGUGCGUGUGCUGCUGUUCGCCCUGUCCUGCCUCUACAUCCUGCCCAAGUUCGAGGGCGACCCCGAGCGUGCCGUGCUGCCCCUCUGCUUCAUCAUGGCCGUCUACUUCAUGACCGGCCCGGUGGGGGGGUACUGGCGCCGCGGGGGGGGCAGCUCCCUGGAGGAGAAGAUCGACCACCUGGACACCCAAAUCCGGCUGCUGAACAUCCGGCUGAGCCGGGUCAUCGACAGCCUGGAGCGGUCCGCAGACCAGUAACCUGGGCAACGGGCGGGGUGGGGGGGUCAUGGGUCGAUGUGGCAGAUGGGGGUGUAGUGUGUAUUUUGGGGGAGGGUUGGGUGGCGUGGGGUGGGGCAAGGCGGGGUGGGGCAGGGUUGGUCUAAUGCUCUCCAAACAUGGUUUUGGACCCAUAAGGACCUUUUAUUUGGGAAUCCAGUAUUAUUGUAGAGUAGCCAAGCACAGCUAAUGCAUGUUCCUGGGCGGGGUGGGGGAGGGGGGCUGUACCAUGCGGUUGGCAUGGCGAUGUGUGUGAGGGGGGUACUGCAUGUGUCAGAAGAGUGGCUCUUACAGGGGCAGCAAAAGGUUAGCAGUGUAGAGGAUAGAGCCCCCCUGGCAUGUAGGCGUGAGGUCUGUUCCCCCCCCCCCCCCCCCCCCCAGGACGCCAGACCCCCCCUGGGUCUCACAGCUCAGAAUGAGUCAUUCCGUGUAGCUUAGCCAGUCCAGCGCCCGUCCGGUCAGCAGCCACGCGUCCCUGUAGAGCUGCGUUUCGCCCUCUACGCUUUCUUUAGCAGAAACACUGGAACAGUCUCCAUGCAUGUAUGAUUUAUCAUCACCACACACACAGCCGUUUGGUUCCAUUCUUAGCUUGUUUUCCGAAGUAAAUCCAAGUGGGUCUCGUGAUUGACGCAGGGCGCCUUGGUCAAGCUGCUUGCAGCGCUCAGUGUUGUAUGAGAGCACUGGUGAGGAGCAUUGCCCUCUGAUUCUUCAGUGUAAGGAUACAUGAGCUGUAUAGUCUGAAUAGUCUGCUUGUGUUUAGUGUGAAAGGGAAUAGUCUGCUUGUGUUUAGUGAAAUGGACAUUCCAGUGUUUAUUGAUUUUUUCCAUGCAGCCGGUCCCCUGGCAUUUCUGUGUGUUACUUGUGGCAUUAGGUGACCCAGUGAAAUCAGAGAUGGAGAUUCUGUCCCAGCUGUAAAUAAGGAGGCUCCUGUGUGCUGUAGUCCAGCAGCACCAGUGAACUGUGGACCUGCUGGCAGAGCAGGGUCAUUUCACUAUGCGCUAUGCGCUAAGCGCUAAGCUACCACCAGCCCAGUCAUCGUGCCAUUGUACCAAUAGCUAUAUCUCUGAAUGACUUUAAGGACCUUAUUUUCUAUAUUAUGGACCUGUAUGUGUGCCUGUGUGUGCAUGCUUGUGUGUGUGAGCGCGUGUGGGUGUGUGCGUGCGUGUGUCUGUGUGAAGUGGUGAGAGGUAAAUAAGCAGGUGAGGGUUCAGGAUUGGAAGGCAUGUUACUCUCCGGGAGAGAGAGUCGGUGAGGAGGCCCAUGUGCAGGAGAGUUAAUCUUCCUGAUCUCAUCUCUGAGCUUUACUCCUAUAUGAUUGGCUCAGCAGAUUACACCAAGCUGCAACCGAGCAUUGCUUUCUGAUCUGUGGCUGAUGCGCCCCCUGGUGGCCACAAUGAGCUCACCGCUGUUUUUUUGGGGCUCUGUCUUUGUGUGAUAAAGCUUGCGGCUGAUUUAGGAGUCGGAGGGUCCAGAAAGGGAGCGCUUCUUUGGGGAGGUGCAGGGUGGCUUCUCGUUCUGCGGCUGCUUAAACGUUCUCUGAGGGAUUCAUUAUUAGACUGCUCCCUUUCACAGAGCUCUAAGUGUGAGCUAUUGGCCCUUAAAGAUGUGCUGAUGAGACUUUCUAGUGAAAAACAGCGACAUUUUUAAACCAGCAAGCAGUGAAAUGCUUAGGCCAGUAGCAGGCUAGCCGGCUGCACCCUUUACCUAGCGUCUUAGCCUUCAGCCACAGGGUCAGGCUCUGAGAGAAUCUGUCUUUAGCCAUUCUAUCACAGUUUAAACAUCUUCUGAGCUCCCAGCUUUGAGUUCAGUUCUGCGCUUUGCUUCAGUUUGUUUUAAGCACUGAAUUACAGAAGACUGUGGAGUGAUAUGAGUAAAGCACUCUGAUUGGAGGAGUGAUAUGAGUAAAACACUCUGAUUGGAGGAGUGAUAUGAGUAAAGCACUCUGAUUGGAGGGAGUGAUAUGAAUAAAGCACUGAUUGGAGGGAGUGAUAUGAGUAAAGCACUCUGAUUGGAGGGAGUGAUAUGAAUAAAGCACUCUGAUUGGAGGAGUGAUAUGAGUAAAGCACUCUGAUUGGAGGGAGUGAUAUGAAUAAUGCACUGAUUGGAGGGAGUGAUAUGAGUAAAGCACUCUGAUUGGAGGGAGUGAUAUGAAUAAAGCACUCUGAUUGGAGGGAGUGAUAUGAGUAAAGCACUCUGAUUGGAGGGAGUGAUAUGAGUAAAGCACUCUGAUUGGAGGGAGUGAUAUGAGUAAAGCACUCUGAUUGGAGGGAGUGAUAUGAGUAAAACACUCUGAUUGGAGGAGUGAUAUGAGUAAAGCACUCUGAUUGGAGGGAGUGAUAUGAGUAAAGCACUCUGAUUGGAGGGAGUGAUAUGAGUAAAGCCCUCUGAUUGGAGCAUUGUUGUCAGUAUUUCGCAGAGCAUGGUGUGAAGGCCUCUCCUCUCACCCAGGUUAAAUGCUGGGUUAUUUUGGGACCUGUGCAUGCCUGUGUUUGUUUUAGGGAUGCGUUAAAUCCCCCACCCUCCCUUCUGUGUGGCGUUUUUGGUUUUUUAUCAUUUUGAAGGAAUGUGUGGCGCUCUCUAAAGGAUCUGUCCCCGUCCUGCAGAAUAAUGAGUCUCCUGAUUUAUCUCACACUCCUAUUAGGAAUUUAACUGUACUGUUCAGCAUAUAGAUGUAGUGCUAGGAUGCAUAGAGUUAUUUAAUUGGUAGAAACGUGUGAUUGUAAAAUUAGGUGUUUAUCAGUCGUAUUUAUUAAACCGUAAGGAGGUUUAGGUUAAUUUCUCUCUGAUCAUGACAAGUCUGUUGUUAAUAUCUCUAAGCUGCACUCCAGAAUGUGUGCUGUUGUACUGUAUCAGUGUGGACAAACUGCUGCUAUCAUGGGCUUUAACUUGCUCCAUAUUUACCACAGAACGACUGAAGUGUGUCAGACGUCACAUCGAAGUCUGAUUCUGUGUAUUCAUGCGCAUGAAUUAAGUCCACUGUAGAGGACAUUCCCGCGUUGUUUCUGUCGCUAGAACCGCCGUCUCCAGCGCGCGGUCGCAGGACUGUUACGGGAAGACGGCCUGCCCUCCCAAAAGUGUGUUUGCUCUGGCGUCCCGCCCCCCUCAGGGGGGUCACCAUCCUGCACCCCGACCCCUUCCUGUCCUCCGCUGGCCUUUUAGUCCGGCACCUGGUGGAAAAAGGGUUUUGCACACCUGCUGUCAGGAGCAGCAUCCCCCUCACAGUGUAAAACUGCUCUCUGCAGCAUCGCUCUGAUUUUAACCUGUACGUAUGUGGGGAGAUCCUGUAUUUUAAGAUGAAUCGUUACCGUUUGACAUUUCAAACGCAUCACUAAUGGAGGAGAUGGGGAAGGGCUUCAGUGCAGGAGAAUGCGAGAGCAGUGCUUUGAUGUUUUUUGUCCCUUUGCUUUGCACAUCUAGCUUCAUCACGUUUUGCACUGAUUUAUUUAAACCAAACAUCCCUGAUCCCGCGGAGUUCUGGGCCUUCACCACUCCUGCUGCUGCAUGGCCGUUGUGUCUGAGCCCUGCAGUGUAAUUCCAUCGCUGAGAGACGGGAGCUGAGUGGAGCGGUGAAGCAGGAAGUGGAAGUGUGUGCUGUUUAUCUCACCCAGCACCUGAGUGCAGUACCGCAGGGCCACUGCAGGGGGCGCUCAUUCACACAGCAGUGUGGUGAGCUGCAGCCAAACACAUUCAAAGCCAGCAUGAGUCUUUGUUACAAGUUGUACAAAUAAAAUUUCUGUACUAAACUGUAAGUCGCAUCAUAAAGUUUUUUAAUAUAAAAUUCAUAAUCAUUUAUUAGGUUGUAAUCAUGGCUGAACACUGUAUUUGCUUGAUUCUAUGGACACUGUAUAUUAAUGCAGAUACGUCAGCACUGGGUCUAGUGCUACAGUACAGAGAGGACCAGCUUCAGUAAAACCAUGCUUCAGUGACACUGUUCUGCUUCUUUCUGGAACCUUCUGAACUGUCGUUGCCAAAUCAGAAACGUAUCGGCCUGCACUGAUUUUCCUGUGAAACCUUUAAAUAUAACGUGGCUGUCUGCUGUACCUUUGUUUUUAUGCUUAUUGAAUCGGUUUCCUGUUUCGAUGAAUAUUUUUCUGUACCUGUGUGGUUUUGGGGACGGUGUGUUGACUGCCUGCUGUCAGCUUGCUUUGUGUCAUGAGUCUUGUGGUGAAGAGUCUCCUGAAGAUGUGAUUUUAAAUAGAGGUCCAGAGUUUAAAUAAACCUUCAUCUUUAUCACCA